GAUACCCAUACAUCUAGGUUUUCUAUAAAACCCACGUUUUUAAAUACCUAGGCAAAAACGUUGUUAUGGUUUUGUUUGAGCAACCUGCCAAAAAUGUAUGGACUUUCGUAAUUUUUGUUCUCGUGGAUCAAACUUACUUUUUGCCCAAGUAUUUAAAAACGGCUGUCCAGGUAUUUAAAAACAGGCUGUCUUCCUAAAGGUUUUCUGAUAAUGUCCAGUACAAUCUUUCAUUUACUAAGCAAUCGAACCCAGAAGGGAAACGAUCACUAUUUAUGUUGGUUCGAGCCGAAGUUGGAACUUCCGAAAAACUGCUUGAGAAUUUAUUGCAUAAAAAAAUCGAUUGACAAAAUUCUUCAUAAACAAAACGUCAACCAACACACAUGCCCCCAACCAGCGCCACUUGGUAACCACCGGACUCUCCGAGAACCAUUUGAUUGCGGUUUGCCGAAACGGUUCAUUGGUCAAUGUGUCUGGUGCGCCGCCGCCGCCGUCGAGGUAAGACCGGCAACCAAGGUUUCCGUCAUGUGGCCACCCAGACCCAAACCUGGCGGCAGCACAUAUUCACAUGACCGUCGCCAUUGCCGUGGAAAAUGGAAAACGAGAGUGGAAAUCGAACCACGGCGGCACGACAAAACUCGACGACGGCUUCCAAGUUUUCGGAGUAUAAAAAUUCUGUGACCAUUUGAAACCAACAUCAGUCUACGAGCAGCUCACACCCCAAACAAACCGAAGAAAAUUUACCGGAGAUUCAAGAUGUUCAAGAUCAUCGCCCUGGUUGCCUGUCUGGCCGUCGCCGUCCUGGCCUACGAGGACUACAACAGCCAUCCUAGCUACAAGUACGAGUACGGAGUCAAGGACUCGCACACCCAUGACCACAAGAGCCAGUGGGAGUCCCGGGAUGGAGACCAUGUUAAGGGACAGUACACCGUGGAUGAGGCCGAUGGAACCCACCGCGUGGUGGACUACAGCUCGGACCACAAGACCGGAUUCCAGCCCCAUGUGCAGCGACCUAGUCAUGCCCAUCAUCCCCAUGGCGAGAGCUACUCCAACAUUAAGCAGCAUUACUAAAAGUACUUUGUACUAAAACCCCUGUAAUAAAGUCUGAUUCCUCUCUUCCCGUUUCAUCCCAAUGUCAACUGCUGUCUUGUUUUUGAUUAUACUUCCAUCCACGUUAAACUCGUCAAUCAAUUCUUUGCAAGAAAUUGUUUUUCAAGUGUCUGUCAAGCAAACGGAAGAAUAAUUAUGGUCAAUUAGUUUUUACGAGGCAGGGGACCUCACGCACUCGUGUCGUACUUGACGACACGUAGAUACUGAAACAAGUUGUGCGAAUUGUUUUCUCUGUAGGAUGGAAACAACACAAUCAAUUUAGUUUCAAAUUUCCUAACUGCAAUAAUUUUGCAACGCGCUAUCAGUUUCUUUUUUCAAAACAAAUAUAAGUGAUACACUUUUCUGAAAAUAAAUUCAGAAAAUUUUCCAGAGAACUCACUUUGCCCCUCUUGACUGGCCCUGUCUGGCCACCAUGGCGAGAACAAUGAGGAAGAGAUUAUGCUCAAUUUCCUCGGCCGGCCCCAACAUGUGCCAUCCGCCGGCCUUGUGGGUGUCAACCGACGACGAGGCAUCACGCCGCGGCGAGAGACCUUCACUGUCACUGUCAUCGGUGUGAUGUGGUGCGCGGAGAAGUUCUCGCAAAUUGUCUUCACCUCCGGACGUGCUAUCAGGGGUUGUGAUGUGGAAUAAGCAAAUUGUAGUUAUCUAUUUUCGUUUUAAACAAUUGUUUAAUUUUAAUUUUGUGAAUAUUUUAUUAUGGCAAGGUUUUUCAUGGAUGUCAAACAAAUAUUUUUUAAGUGUUCUUCAAAAAAUUUAAAUAUUACUCAAUUAAAAGAUGCAGUGUCAAAUCAUAUCAACGUGAUCGUGCUAUUUUGAGGCACGUCGCUUUUUGACGUUCCGAAAAAUCGCGUUUUAAUGUUUGACCCUGUAUGAACAAAAAAUAGAGCACGCAACAUUUUGCGAAAUGACCCGAAGUCUGGUUGAAUUUGGUUGCCGGAGUCCAGAGUUAUAUUUCAAUUUGUUUACAGAAUGGUUAGGCAUGCACGUGUGUCAAACGCGUUCUGACCUGAAAUUCCUUAAUCCAGUUGUCGCAUUUACAUCAAUUUUCAUGGUACGUCAAGAUAGCACGAUCCGAUCAAAACUUUUUCAUAUGGAGAGUGACAGUUUUUUCAGUUUGUGUUUAAUUUCUUAGGAUUGAAAUCGAAUUUUGGGGAUCUUUGAAGGUAAAAAGGUGUGACAUUGUGAGCCACACAAAAUGGCUUUCUCAACUAAAUUUGGCCCACAAUGCACGUGCGACACGCAAACACAACAACGACGUUAUUUCAAUUGUUUCACUUUUUAAUACCUAUUUUUCACAUGUUUAUCACAUGUUUAUCAAUAAAUUGCAGCCUGUAGCCUGUAGAAGGUAAAUGAGCAAUUCUCUACCAAAACCAAAAAAUUUAUUUGUAUUUUUUGAUUAGGCUCAAACUUUGUGGGGGCUUUCCCUAUGAACAAAGAAACUGUUUUGUGUCAUUGGAUAACCCAUACUAGUCUCCAUACAAUUUUGCCAGCAGUCCAUUCAAAAAUGGUAUGUUAAUAUUGUAACUGUUGAGUGAAUUUUCUGAUCAAUUUGGUGACUUCGGCAAAGUUAGAUGGGCACUUCUCUGCCACACAGCAGUUGCCCCGACCCCUCUUCGAUUUGCGUGAAACUUUGUCCUAAGGGGUAACUUUUGUCCCUGAUCACGAAUCCGAGGUCCGUUUUUUGAUAUCUCGUGACGGAGGGGCGGUACGACCACUUCCAUUUUUGAACAU